CAGGGAGUCGAGGGGCCUGACGCGAGCUUCAGGGGUGCCGAGCUUUUUAAAAACCUGUCCUGCCUAGAGCUUCAUUUAGCUACUCAAGUGUAACGGACAUCACCAAGCAGGUUGCCGCCGCCGACUUCGUAGGGCUACUAGCGGUCCUGUCCACAGACAACGCCUUCAUCUUUCUACAGUCUAUUCUUCUUCCGUGCCAAGGUGUCUAUUCGGAUGCAGCAACCACUUUUUUCACAAUUCUGAUAAAUUUAAAGCCAGGAGACCGUCCACAUUGGAAACGAUAAACGGAUUAUUUAAUUAAUCCCAUUGACAGACUGCUUGGUUUGACAAACUCCACUCCCAUCACAAGUACAAACGAAAAUCUCGUUUACUUAUUUUUCCUAGUUUUACAACUUUUUUCGCGGCCAAUGCUUGGCACUGGCCCGCAAUAAACUGUUUUUUUCUUUCUUUCCACGCUCCCUUGCGUGCCGUAACGUUCACACACUGGCCCCACUGAAUGUGGUAUAAAAAGGGCACGGAAACCGACAACAUGAUGAGCAAUAAUACGUACUACGAGCAGCAGCAGCCGCCGCAGUACUACAAGAGUACGGACAACGGGGACGACGAGGAAGAGAUGCCGGCUACGGAGAAGGACCUCGCUGAGGAUGCGCCCUGGAAGAAAAUACAACAGAACACCUUCACCAGGUGGUGCAACGAGCACCUCAAGUGCCUCAACAAGCGGAUCAACGACCUACAGAAAGACCUGACCGACGGGCUCAAGCUCAUCGGUCUUCUGGAGGUUUUGAGCCAGAAGAAAAUGUACAGAAAGUACCACGCCAGACCUAACUUCAGACAAAUGAAACUGGAAAAUGUGUCCGUUGCGCUGGAAUUCUUGGAGAGAGAACACAUAAAGCUGGUAUCGAUAGACAGUAAGGCCAUCGUGGAUGGGAACCUGAAGCUUAUCCUGGGUCUGAUCUGGACUCUGAUCCUGCACUACUCCAUCUCAAUGCCCAUGUGGGAGGACGAGGACGAUGAGGACGCCAAGAAGCUGACCCCCAAGCAAAGGCUGCUGGGAUGGAUCCAGAACAAGGUGCCCCAGCUGCCCAUCAACAACUUUCACCGAGACUGGAGGGACGGCAAGGCCCUGGGAGCCCUGGUUGACAACUGUGCCCCAGGCCUGUGUCCUGACUGGGAGACGUGGGAUCCUAGCCAGCCUGUGGAGAAUGCCAGGGAGGCCAUGCAGCAGGCUGACGACUGGCUCGGAGUGCCCCAGGUGAUAGCCCCUGAGGAAAUAGUGGAUCCCAAUGUGGACGAGCACUCGGUGAUGACCUACCUGUCCCAGUUUCCCAAGUCCAAGCUGAAGCCUGGUGCCCCGCUGCGCUCCAAGACUCUGCACCCCAAGAAGGCCAAGGCCUAUGGACCAGGUAUUGCGCCCAGAGGUAACAUGGUGCUGAAGCCGGCUGAGUUCAUCGUGGAGACAGUGGAGGCGGGGCUAGGGGAGGUGCUGGUCUAUGUGGAGGACCCAGAGGGACACACAGAGGAGGCCAGAGUGAUCCCCAACAAUGACAAGAACAGGACGUACUCUGUCAUCUACCUGCCCAAAGUGGAGGGCCUUCACAAGGUGAAGGUGCUUUUCGCUGGGCAGGACAUAGACAGGAGUCCCUUCGUGGUGAGUGUGUCCAAAGCCAUGGGAGACCCCAACAAGGUGCAGGCCAGAGGACCAGGACUGGAGCCUGUAGGCAACGUGGCUAACAAGCCUACCUACUUCGACAUCUACACAGCAGGUGCCGGUGCUGGAGACGUGGGUGUAAUCAUCGUGGACUCCCAGGGCAGAAGAGACACCGUGGAGAUCAUUCUGGAAAACAAGGGGGACAGUAUUUUCCGUUGCACCUAUUGCCCUAUCCUGGAGGGGUCUCAUGUUAUCUAUGUGACGUUUGCUGGGCAGCAGAUACCCAGAAGCCCUUUCACCGUCCACAUCUCAGAGGCUCCACCGAGCUCCCUGCCCCCCGGCUCUCCGGUGCAGAUAGUGCCCCAGUCCAUACGCACCCCACCCACAGACAAGGCCAAGAGAGUGCCCCCCCCAACACCGCCCAAACCCAGGCGACCAACCAGCAACCCCAACGUGUGCCGGGCCUCAGGGAGAGGUCUCCAGCCUAAGGGGGUGAGGGUGAAAGAGGUGGCCGACUUCAAGGUCUACACCAAGGGUGCCGGCAGCGGAGAGCUCAAGGUCACCGUCAAGGGGCCAAAGGGACUAGAGGAGCCUGUGAAGGUGCGUGAUGCGGGAGAAGGGGUGUAUGAGUGUGACUACUACCCCAUCAUGACUGGCAAAUAUACCAUCACCAUCACCUGGGGCGGACAGACCAUCCCACGCAGCCCGUUCGAGGUGGUGGUGAGUGAGGACGUGGGGCCCCAGAAGGUGAGGGCGUGGGGGCCGGGCCUGGAGACAGGCAUGGUGGGGAAGUCAGCUGACUUUGUGGUGGAGGCCAUCGGCACAGAGGUGGGAACUCUGGGUUUCUCCAUCGAGGGCCCGUCGCAGGCUAAGAUAGAGUGUGAUGAUAAGGGCGACGGGUCAUGUGAUGUACGUUACUGGCCCACGGAGCCUGGUGACUACGCUGUUCACGUCAUCUGUGACGACGAGGACAUCAAGGACAGCCCCUUUAUGGCCCACAUCCUCCUCACAGCCAAUGACGUGUUCCCUGAGAAGGUGAAGAGCUAUGGCCCAGGUCUGGAACCGAUUGGCUGCAUUGUCAACAAACCAGCAGAGUUCACCAUUGAUACAAGUAGAGCCGGCAGGGGCCAGCUGAAGAUAUACGCCCAGGAUGCAGAGGGCUUCCCCAUAGACAUCCAGAUCACAGAGAACGGAGACAGCACCUUCCUCUGUGUCUACAUUCCCACCAAGCCCAUCAAACACACCAUCAUUAUCACCUGGGGAGAGGUCAACGUCCCCAACAGUCCCUUCAGGGUGACCAUCGGAGAGGGCAGCCACCCAGAUAAUGUGAAGGUGUACGGUCCAGGUGUGGAGAAGUCAGGUCUGAAGGCCAACGAGCCCACCUACUUCACUGUGGACUGCAGCGAGGCAGGACAAGGGGAUGUCAGUAUUGGCAUCAAGUGUGCUCCCGGCGUGGUUGGUCCGGCAGAGGCUGACAUCGACUUUGACAUCAUCAAGAACGACAACGACACGUUCACAGUGAAGUACAUGCCCCCCGGCCCCGGACGCUACACCAUCAUGGUGCUGUUCGCUGACCACGAAAUACCCAUCAGCCCUUUCAGAAUCAAGGUGGACCCCUCUCAUGACGCUAACAAGGUGAGGGCGGAGGGACCCGGACUCAACAAGACAGGUGUGGAGGUAGGUAAGCCCACCCACUUCACCAUCUACACCAAGGGAGCGGGCAAGGCCAAGCCUGAAGUGCACUUCACCGGAGCAGCCAAAGGGGACGCUGUCCGAGACUUUGAGAUCAUUGACAACCAUGACUACUCCUACACCGUGCGCUACACUGCAGUGCAACAGAGUAACAUGUCUAUCUCAAUCUGCCACGGCGGUGACCCCAUUCCCAAGAGCCCCUUCAACAUCACUGUGGCGCCGCCCCUUGACCUCAACAAGGUCAAAGUUCAGGGGUUGAACAACAAGGUCGACGUUGGGAAGGAUCAGGAGUUCACAGUGAGCACGCACGGCGUCGGUGGUCAGGGCAAGAUGGAUGUGAAGAUCACCUCGCCCUCUCGUCGGCCAAUCCCCUGCAAGCUGGAGUCUGACACGGCCAACGAAGUGCACACUGUGAAGUACAUUCCCCCUGAGGAGGGCCCCUACAAAGUGGACAUCAGCUAUGAUGGGAACCCUGUGCCUGGGAGCCCCUUCACUGUGGAGGGGGUGAUGCCCCCUGACCCCUCAAAGGUGCGUGCCUAUGGCCCAGGCCUCCAGGGGGGCAUGGUGGGAAAGCCGGCCCCCUUCGCCAUUGACACCAAGGGUGCGGGCACCGGCGGGCUGGGCCUGACCGUGGAGGGGCCAUGCGAGGCCAAGAUCGAGUGCCAGGACAACGGCGACGGGUCCUGCUCUGUCUCCUACCUGCCCACAGAGCCCGGCGAAUACGCCAUCAACAUCCUGUUUGCCGAGCAGCACAUCCCCGGCUCCCCCUUCAAGGCCAUGGUACAGUCCGUGUUUGACCCCAGUAAGGUCACGGCCUGUGGGCCAGGCCUGGAGAGAGGGAAGGUCAACGAGGCAGGGUCGUUUGUAGUGGACUGCGCCAAGGCUGGGGACGCCGAGCUGACCAUUGAGAUUAUUUCCGAUUCGGGGUCGAAGGCGGAGGUGCGUGUUCAGAACAACAGUGAUGGGACCUAUUCUAUCACGUACAUCCCACAGUUCCAUGGCAUGUAUACUAUCACCAUUAAAUAUGGGGGCCACGCCGUGCCCAAGUUCCCCACCCGUGUGCAAGUGGACCCAGCCGUGGAUACCAGCGGGGUGAAGGUGUACGGACCAGGAGUGGAACCCAGAGGGGUCCUGAGGGAGGUGACCACCCAUUUCAUCGUGGAUGCCCGUGCCAAGAGCAAGACUGGGGGCAGCCAUGUCAAGGCCCGCAUCGUCAACCCUACAGGCGCCAACACAGACGCCUACAUCACUGACAAGGGGGAAGGCACCUAUAGAGUGGAAUACACGGCCUAUGAGGAUGGGAUGCACCUGAUUGAGGUGCUGUAUGAUGAUGUGGCAGUGCCUAACAGUCCGUUCCGUGUCCCGGUAACGGAGGGUUGUGACCCCAGCCGCGUCAGAGCCUACGGUCCUGGUCUGGAGGAGGGCCUGGUCAACAAACCGAACCGCUUCACUGUGGAAACCAGGGGUGCUGGUACAGGGGGUCUGGGCCUGGCCAUCGAGGGUCCAUCAGAGGCUAAGAUGUCUUGUAAGGACAAUAAAGAUGGCAGCUGCAGUGUGGAGUACAUCCCCUUCACCCCGGGAGACUAUGAUGUCAACAUUACCUUCGGAGGCUUGCCCAUCCCAGGGAGUCCUUUCCGUGUGCCUGUGAGAGAGCUGGUGGACCCAAGUAAGGUGAGGUGUUCAGGCCCAGGGCUGGGUAGUGGAGUCAGAGCCCAUGUUCUUCAGACCUUCACGGUGGACACCAGCAAGGCUGGCCUCGCCCCUCUGGGAGUGGUGCUGUACGGACCAACUGGAGUGGCUGAGCCAGUGAACAUCACAGAUAAUGGAGACGGAACACACACAGCGACCUACACACCGGCCAAGGACGGCCCGUACACCGUGUGUGUGAAGUACGCUGACCAGGAGGUCCCUCGCAGUCCGUAUAAGAUCAAGACAUUGCCUGCCCAUGAUGCCAGUAAGGUGCGUGCCAGUGGGCCAGGUUUGAAUGCCCAGGGUGUGCCUGCCAGCCUGCCCGUGGAGUUCACCAUCGAUGCCCGCGAUGCUGGCGAAGGCCUGCUCACUGUGCAGAUACUGGGUCCGGAUCGGUCCAGGCGCGAGGCCUCAGUGUUUGUGGAGGACUGGGGCAGGAGGGUAUGGGAGAAGCAUAUAGUCAAGGGGACCAUACCCUUCAGUAUUCUUAAGAAAGGCUCCGACCCAGAAGGCAAGCCGAAAAAGGCCAAUAUCCGUGACAACAGAGAUGGGACGUACACAGUGUCCUAUGUACCAGACAUGACAGGGCGCUACACCAUCACCAUCAAGUAUGGAGGAGACGAGAUUCCCUACUCACCCUAUCGUAUCCAUGCCCUGCCCAUUGGAGACGCCAGCAAGUGUCUGGUCACAGUUUCCAUUGGAGGACAUGGAUUGGGUUCAGGCCUCGGACCCACCAUCCAGAUCGGCGAGGAGACCGUCAUCACCGUGGACGCAAAAGCUGCUGGGAAGGGAAAGGUGACCUGUAAGGUGUCGACGCCAGAUGGGGCGGAGCUAGACGUGGACGUGGUGGAGAAUUCCGAUGGAACUUUUGACAUCUACUACACGGCUCCGGAACCUGGGAAAUACGUCAUCACCAUCCGCUUUGGAGGAGAACACAUUCCAAACAGCCCCUUCCACGUGGUGGCCAGUGAUACCGUCCCUAUAAUAGAGGAACCGUGUGACAAGCUCCAGUUACAACAGCCCUACCAGGCCUACCAGGGCUACCCCCCUCACUGGGCCACAGAAGAGCCCGUCACCCCCGGCGAUAUCAUGGAGCCUAUGCUCCGCCCCUUCAACCUGGUCAUUCCGUUCACUGUUCAGAAGGGAGAGACCACAGGUGAGGUGCGAAUGCCCUCAGGUAAGACAGCCCGUCCUAACAUCACAGACAACAAGGAUGGGACAGUAACAGUGAAGUACGCCCCUACAGAGAAAGGCCUGCAUGAGAUGGACAUCAAAUAUGACGGAAACCACAUCCCAGGAAGUCCCCUCCAGUUCUAUGUAGAUGCCAUUAACAGUGGUCAUGUGACAGCCUAUGGUCCUGGUCUGAGCCACGGCAUGGUCAACAAACCUGCCACCUUCACCAUCGUCACGAAGGAUGCAGGGGAAGGUGGUCUGUCCCUGGCGGUGGAGGGUCCCUCUAAGGCAGAGAUCAACUGUAAGGAUAAUAAGGAUGGAACCUGUACUGUGUCCUACCUUCCCACUGUACCAGGAGACUACAACAUCAUUGUCAAGUUUGACAACAAACACAUCGCCGGCAGCCCCUACACUGCCAAGAUCACAGGAGAUGACACUAUGAGGACAUCCCAGCUCAACGUCGGCACGGCAACAGACGUGUCAUUGAAGAUCUCAGAGACAGACCUGAGCAGCCUGACAGCGAGCAUCAGAGCACCGUCGGGCAACGAGGAACCCUGCCUCCUCAAGAGACUGCCCAAUCGACACAUCGGUAUCUCAUUCACUCCUAAGGAGGUAGGGGAGCAUGUUGUGAGUGUGAUGAAGAACGGGACGCACGUGACCAACAGCCCUUUCAAGAUCAUGGUGGGCCAGUCAGAGAUCGGUGACGCCAGCAAGGUCAAAGUGUUUGGCCAGGGACUGGUGGAGGGACACAUCUUUGAGGUGGCUGAGUUCAUAGUUGACACCAGGAACGCAGGUUAUGGUGGUCUGGGCCUGUCUAUCGAGGGUCCCAGUAAGGUGGAUAUUAACUGUGAGGAUGUGGAGGAUGGUACCUGUAAGGUGACCUACUGUCCUACUGAACCAGGAAACUACAUCAUCAACAUCAAGUUCGCCGAACAGCACGUCCCAGGAAGUCCUUUCACGGUGAAGGUGUGUGGUGAGGGCAGGGUGAAGGAGAGCAUCACUAGGAAGAGACAUGCUCCAUCCAUUGCUACUGUGGGCAGCACCUGUGACCUCAACCUCAAAAUACCAGGUAAUUGGUUCCAGAUGGUGUCGGCCCAGGAGCGGCAUACGCGCACGUUCACGCGCAGCAGUCACACGUACACACGCACGGAGCGCACAGAGAUUAGUAAGACACAGGCGGGGGAAACCAAGCGGGAGGUGCGCGUGGAGGAGAGUACCCAGGUCGGGGGAGACCCCUUCAGGGACGUGUUUGGAGAGUUCCUGGGUAGUCAGAGUCUCACAGGCUUCAGUGGGAUACCAGCCACCUCCAGACAGCCUCAAGAGGGUGUGUGUGUGACACAAGAGGGUGACCAGGGGACCCAGGAGAUGACGGCCCAGGUGACCAGUCCGGGGGGAAAGACGGAGGACGCAGAGAUCAUCGACGGCGAGGACAGCACCUACAGCGUCCGCUUCAUCCCCCAGGAGAUGGGGCCCCACACGGUCAACGUCAAGUACAGGGGCCAGCAUGUCCCCGGGAGCCCCUUCCAGUUCACCGUGGGGCCCCUGGGAGAGGGAGGGGCACACAAGGUCCGGGCUGGGGGCACGGGGCUGGAUAGAGGAGUUGCAGGAGUGGCAGCUGAGUUUAGUAUCUGGACCAGAGAGGCUGGUGCAGGAGGUCUGUCCAUCGCUGUAGAGGGGCCCAGUAAGGCAGAGAUCAGCUUUGAAGACAGGAAGGAUGGAUCCUGCGGAGUGGCCUAUGUGGUGCAGGAACCAGGUGACUAUGAGGUGUCCAUUAAGUUUAAUGAUGAGCACAUCCCAGACAGUCCCUUCAUGGUCCCCAUCGCCACUCUGUCUGAUAACUCACGCCGCCUUACAGUCACCAGCCUACAGGAGAUGGGGUUGAAGGUGGGCCAGGAGGCGUCGUUCGCGGUGCAGUUGAACGGGGCGAGGGGGUUGAUAGAUGCUAAGGUUCACACCCCGUCCGGAGCUGUAGAGGAGUGUUAUGUUACUGAGCUGGACAGCGACCAGCACGCCAUCCGGUUUAUCCCGAGGGAGAACGGAGUCCACUCCAUCGAAGUGCGUUUCAACGGGAGCCACAUUCCCGGUAGUCCCUUCAAGAUCCGUGUGGGAGAGAUCGGACAGGUCGGAGACCCGGGAAUGGUGUCUGCCUUCGGACCUGGACUGGAAGGAGGAACCACAGGCGUGGCGUCAGAUUUUGUAGUGAACACAUGUAAUGCGGGGUCGGGUGCUCUGUCAGUGACCAUCGAUGGGCCGUCCAAGGUCAAGAUGGACUGUCAGGAUUGUCCCGAGGGUUACAAGGUCACCUACACACCCAUGGCCCCCGGCAGCUAUCUCAUCACCAUCAAAUACGGAGGACCAUCCCACAUCGUAGGCAGCCCCUUCAAGGCUAAAGUCACAGGUGCUCGUCUCUCUGGUGGUCACAGUCUACAUGAAACCUCGUCCGUUCUUGUGGAGACAGUAACCAAGACGUCGUCGUCUUCGUCGUCGAUGGACGUGGCCUAUGGCCCUAAGUUCUCUUCGGAUGCCAGUAAGGUGGUCUCCCGGGGCGCCGGCCUAUCAAAGGCCUUUGUAGGACAGAAGAACACCUUCACAGUAGAUUGCAGCAAAGCAGGAACUAACAUGUUGAUGGUGGGGGUACACGGCCCAAAGACCCCGUGUGAAGAGGUCUACGUUAAACAUCUGGGCAACAGGAUGUACAACGUCACCUACACCGUCAAAGAACAGGGCAACUACAUCCUCAUCGUCAAAUGGGGGGAUGAAAAUGUCCCCGGCAGCCCCUUCCAUGUCACCGUCCCCUAAAAUGGACUCAUCCAUCCCAUCCCUGCUGUAUCCCAGAAUGGACUAGUCCAACACCCCCACAGACACACUAAAGAUACAAAAACUUUUUCCGUCUGUCCAGGGGGGAAUUAAUUUACCCAUCAUGCAUUGUGGCAAAUUACUCUGAUAACUUAUCCUGGUGACAUCACAAAGAUCUGCGGUGCCAAUCCUACUAUGUAUGCGCCACCCCUAUUUUCUACGCACCACCCACCAACCAGGCAUCCUGUUGCUGUUUACUUUCAAUGAGAGAGAAUGUACAAAGAGAAGUCAAAAGUAAAAUCAUGUUUUCUGUCUGUAUCGGCCUAUGUUAGUAUUUUCAGAGCACAAACACAGUAUGCAGUCACCAACAUGUGCUUUAUAGUUAGUCCUCCAAAGGUAUCCCCCACUGCCUGUACUGGCCUGGCCAAAAUGGCUGCCUUUACAUGAGGGAAGAUGGCUGUGAUGUCACUGUCUGGGUCACAGACAGACAGAGAGGAGUUAUUUACCUUUAUUUAUUCAGUCCUUUUAUUUUCUUUGACAGAAAAUGGUCUUAUAUUGUUUCAAAGGAGAAGGUUUCAGUCGAUGUUAGAAACUAUUCUCCCUCAUACCGGGCCUUCCUGUGUCAUUUCGGGUGUAACCAUGGACACAGAGAUGUGGUUGGCCAAGGAUUUUGUACCCAGGAAGAGAGCACGGCAUAGCAAUCGGUUUAUCGUGUGAAUGUUUAAUUAAGAAGUCCACAGAGAGAUGCUACAGUGGAACAGUAUCAUUGAGUGACAUUUUAUAGUGAUUUUAUAUGUAUGAAAAUGAACAGAAAAAACUCUUAAUUGUUUGAUAUACUAACCUUCUGUUUGGUACGGAUGUGCAGCCAUAAUAAAACGUUUAACUGCUAACUUACCACUGAAAACCCAAAA